UUCUUCAUCCUUCACUCUUGAGAAAAGUCGUCUGAGAGGUUGGGAUAUUGAUGUUGAGGUUACUGUGUUGUUGAUCAGUUAAACUUUUUAAAGAGAGAUGGCUAGAAUAAAUUGGAUUGAUAGAAUACCGGGUUACCACUAUUAUGAUACUCCAGAAGGUGAGGAUUGUCUCAAGAAAGUUAUUUUCAUGAACAAAAUGGGCCUUUUCUUUGGAAUAUCUGCUGCAACUCUUGAUGUAAUAGCCUAUUCUAAACCAGUGGGAUUUGCCAAUAUAGCUUCAAGGUAUGUUAUGAUUUCUUGGCCUAUAAUGGCUGUAGGUUCUACAUUUGCUGCAGUUACUUGUCUGUCUACUAGCUUACGAGGCAAAGAUGACACUUACAAUUAUUCACUGGGAGGAUUUGCUGCUGGCUGUGUUGCUGGGGCAGCAAUGAGGAGUGGAACAUUUGGUACAUCUGCAGCGGUAAUAUUCACAAUUAUGGCCUAUACAAAGAAACAUUGUGAAGAGCUUGGAGUGCCAUUAAUGGGAACAGAAAAGAGGAGUUAUGAUUUUGGUGGAUUUUGGAGUAACAGAUGGGACUGGUCUUUGAUCGGUGAAGGAGAGAAGGGAUGGAGAAAGUCAGAAAACUAGUUAGAUACCAAGGUAGAAAAUGUCAAUAUAAGUUUGUCAGUUAUGUAUUGAUAUGGUAUCAUCAUCUUAAAUAAAGUCUUAAGCCAU